UCUGUGUUUCGUGCUAUCGUGUAUUUUUUGUAUUGACAAAAACAUCGGGCGUGUGUGCUCAGCUUUUGUGGGUGUGUGCGUGCGAGCCUUCCUCAACACAGCAGCAGAGCAAAGCAGUGGCAGCGCAAAUGCAAAAGCAAAAGGGCAGUGCGAAAGUAUAGCAAUGUCAGAGCAAAGGCUGAACAGCAGUGGCAGUGCAACAACAACAACAACAACAACAACAAGUGCACAAGUGCUAGCAGGCCAACAACAAUAAAGAGCGGGAGUUCCCUCUCCCGGCACCCCUCGCCAUCAGUGUGACGACAGCUGUUGGCUCGAAAGAAAAUUUACCGUUGACUUUUUGCCCAAAAACAAAGGCAGCAGCUGAGGCUUAAGCAGCGAAAAAAUUGUGUUUUAUCAAGUUUUGUUGUUGCCUGCGCGCGCUGUCGAGGAGCUCUCACGUGUUGGCGCCGACUGCGACGCCAGCGUGGGCAGCAGCAGUUGUAAAAGUAGUAGGAGCAGCAGCUCCCUCUGCCGACGUGACGUCGGCGUUGAUAAAUGUGAAUGCAAAAAGGAAAUUCCCAUGCGGCCGUUUAUUGUACAUUACACCCCCCACCCGCUGCCACCCACCGGCGACGACAGUGAUGCUGCUGCUGCGACGCUAAAGAUGAUGAUGAUGUUUGGGCAGAGCAGAGAACUGGCGCUGGCCUGCUCGCACACAUAAGAGACGGAGAGACGCCAGGCAGCUGUGCCGCCAAAAAUAUCAAAAGAGGGAGAGAGUGCUCUCUCUCUUGCUCUCCUGCAACGUCAAUGUCUGACGAAGUGCCUUUGGGGCGUUUAUCGCAAAUUUUUGAUACGCUCACGAAUCUCCAGCAGCAGCAGUCGCUUCAGGUGCAGGCGACAACGACGGCGGACCAGCGGCGACGUUCGGCCUCCUCGUCGCCCUCGCCGUCUGCCAGUGCCUCGGCCUCCAGCUCGGGCCGGGCCACACCCUCGGCUGGCGCCCAUGCUCUGUACUAUGCGCAGAGCCACCAGAGCCACUACUUCCUGCGGCCCCAGGAUGGCAGCGGCGUGGGCUUCCUGCACACCUUUCCCUCGCACCUCUACCACCACCAGCAGCAGCAGCACCAGCCGCAGCAUCAGCAGCAUCUGCUCAACCAGCAGCUGCUCCAGCAGCCGCCGUCUCUGCCCUCGCAGCUGCCGGGGCGGUCGUCGGGCUCCCAGUCGCUGCACGGCUCCCCGUUGCUGGUCAAGCGGGCCACCUCGUUUAGUGGUCAAAUACCGCUGGUCCAGGGGCGGCUCUCCAGCACCACCUCCACGCCGAACAGCCCGCGGCUGAUGCCGCGCCGCGUUCCACGGCCCCCGCCCAUUCCGGCCAAGCAGGGGUCGAAGCAGGCGGAGGCGCCUCAACCGCCCGUGAAUCCAGUGAAUCCAGUCAAUCCCGUGCUGGCCGCCCUCGAUGCCCCCGAUGCACCGUGGCCGCACUUUUCCGCUCUCACCGAGCACCUGGACGUCCAUCAGGUGAACAACUAUGGACAGGCCCUGCCGGAGAUCAACUGGCAGGAGCGCUGCCUGGAGCUGCAAUUGGAGCUGCAUCGAUCGAAAAACCAGGCGGGACGUAUACGGGAUAUGCUGCGUGAAAAGUUAACGGAGCUGGAGCAGCGCGUCAUCGAAGCGGAAGAACGCGCCGAGGAAGCUGAAGAUAAGGUGCGUGCCAUGGAGCAGCGGUUGAGUGAGUGGCCCAAGCCUCCAGCACAGCCACAUCCACCACAGCAGCAGCAGCAGCAAUCCCCCAACCACCAGCAGCAGCAGACACCUUCCUGCGCGACAACAGCUGGAGGAGCAGCAGCAGCAGCAGCUGCAGCAGCCGCAGCAGCAGGAGCAGGAGUCCCAGGAGCACCGCUCGAAGCUGAGAGGACCAUCACCUCGUUGGAGAUCCAGGUGGAGGAGCAGCGACAGUUGCGACUGCACGACGCCCGCCAGAUCGAGGCGAAGGCGGCCAAGAUCAAAGAGUGGGUGAACAAUAAGCUGCGGGAUCUCGAGGAGCAGAACCAGGUGCUGCGCGAGCAGAACGUCAAGUGCAACCAGCAGCUGGAGCUUCUGAAGAACCACAUCGCGAACCAGUCGCAGCGGCACAGCAUCGUCGGACCCGUGCGGAAUAGCCUGAGCUUGGACGUGCAGGACUUUGCCGGCGGAUCGGCGGAGACGCGCAGGCGCAGCGAGAGCCUCGAUCCCUCGCAGGAGAUCAUCAGUCGGCCGCUGACCAGCUCCUAUCCCCACCACCAGCAUCGGCGCAAUCUCUCGAUGGAGCCGCAGGAGCUCGAGCGCAAUCUGGUGGCGGCCGUCGACGGCCUCACCCUGGCACCCCUCUCCAGCAUCUCCAGCAAGGCGCCCUCGACAGGAAUUGGAUCAGGCGCUGCUUCGGCGGGAGGGGGAUCGCUGCCCCGUCCGGAUAGCUCCGACACGGACACGGCCCACGACUACGCGGAGAUCUACACGCCCUCGUGCGAGAAGCUGCCCGCCUGGAUGAAGAACAAUCCCGCGCUGAUGGCCAGCGGCGGUAACAGCAGCACCACCACCACCACCAGUGACCUGGGCGUCCCCCGGCCACCGACACCGCCACUACACCGCUUCCCAAGCUGGGAGGCCAAGAUCUACCAGGUGGCCAACGAUGGGUUGGCCGGCACAGGUCCUGGCACAGGCACCAGCACAGCCGAGAGCACCGUCAGUCACGAGCCAGAUGCAGCCGCCAACAAUACCCUGUCGAAUGGAAGGUCCCGACAUGGGACACACGGUCAUGGCCAUGUGGGACACGGACACGGGCACAGACAUGGCACGGCCACGAGCACGGGCACGGUAACUGGCGACGGCAAUGGAACAGUGGGAGGCAGCGGCACACCGGGCACUCCGCUGCCGCCAACGCGGCAGCAACAAACCGCCAGCGGCGGCUUCUGUGAUAUUUCGGUGCCCGUGUACGCAACGGUCAAGGGGCGGGCUUCCCAGAUCCGCUCGAUGCCUUUCACUGGGGACUCGAGCGACGACUCCAGCGAUGGGGAGGACCAUGCCGUGAUGCUCACCCACAAUUCGCACAACUCGAGCAGCACGGACAACACGGAGACCUCCACCUCCGGCAGCGCCUCGAGCCCCUCCAAGAGCCUGAAGACCUCUUCGAGCCUCAGUCCCGCGAAGCGCAGUGGCUCCGAAAGCCCCAAGAACGCCAAGGCGCGUGUCCACCUCCACCAGCCACGCACAUCCACAUCCACACAGCCACAGCAUCUCCACCACCAACCACUGCACCACCAAAAUCACCAGCACCAUCACCACACAUUGCCCCACCAGGGGCUGACGCUGACACUGUCGCCGACAUGCCUGCCCCAAGGCGGUUCAGGGCAGAGCACGCUGACACGUGCACACCAGACAGCAACGGCAACGACAACGGCUACGCUGCGGCUACCAGUGCCACCGAUCGUUGCACCCCGUUGCAUCGCCUCUGCAUCCAGUCCCCAACACAUGCGUGGCACAGUAAUUUCAGAUCUUUCCUUUGAAUCAGGCCUCUCGGACGACUACGCCCUGCCCCCGGACGCCGUGUCGGAGUCCACCUGCAUGGAUGCCUCGAUGCCGUCGCUACUGAUGCGCGCCUCCUAUGUGGAUUCGCCCAGCAAGAAGAUCGAGUCCCUAGAAAAGAUGGGUCACCUGGCCAAGCUGGGUGGCAAGCUUAAGACGUGGCGCAAGCGGUGGUUCGUCCUGAAGAACGGGUCCCUGAACUACUGGAAGAGCCAGCACGAUGUGCAGCGGAAGCCGCAGGGGCAGAUCCAACUGGACGAGGCAUGUCGCAUAAAUCGGGCGGAGGGAGCCUCCACCUUCGAGAUAGACACCGGGAAGAAGGUCUACUACCUGACGGCCGACUCCCAUGCCACCAUGGACGACUGGAUCCGGGUGCUACAGAAUGUGCAGCGACGGAACGCGACCAAGCUGCUACUCAGCCGCGACGACCAGAAGCCCACGGUCCAGGGCUGGGUGACGAAGGUGAAGAACGGCCAUGCCAAGAAGUGCUGGUGCGUGCUGCUCGGCAAGAUGUUCCUCUACUUCAAGGCUCCAGCGGAGACGAAUCCCCUGGGACAGAUCAACAUGCGCGAUGCACGCGUCGAGGAGGUAGAACACGUCUCGGACUCGGACUCAGAGGAGCGCGAGGAUGCCGCCCAGGAUCAGGCACGACUCACCGUCGCCAUCUAUCCGGCCCACCAGGGACCCACCUACCUGAUCCUGUCCGGAAAGCCUGAGCGCGACAAUUGGCUCUACCACCUGACGGUGGUCUCUGGCGGAGGUCCAAGCGCUGGCACACAGUACGAGCAGCUCGUGCAAAAGCUCAUGGAGACGGACGGAGAUCCAAAUUGCGUUCUGUGGCGCCAUCCCAUACUGCUGCACACCAAAGACACCAUCACGGCACCGCUCACGUCCAUGCACACGGAAACCAUGCAGCCAGAGGCCAUCAAACUGUUCAAGAGCAUUCAGCUGUUUAUGUCGGUGGCUGUGAAUCAGCCGGGCAUCGAUUACCAUGUGGUGCUGGCACAGAAUGCACUGCAGCACUCCCUGGACAUGCCCGAGCUGCAGACGGAGAUGAUCUGCAUAUUGAUCAAGCAGACCUCCCGGCACAUGGGCCAGAAGCUCAGUGUCGGCGUCCAGGUAAACAAGAAGCUGGGCAAGCAAACGCGCCAACUACUGUUGUGCGCCACCCAAAGCCUGUUCACCUGUGAUACCCAACAGGCGGGCAAUGCCCAUGCCAACGGCAGUUCGCCCACAUCUAUUCAGGCACCUAUUGCUGCACCCAUCAUCGACUGCAAGUCGAAUCCGCCGGCGUACAGCUUCGUUCAGGGCUGGCAGCUCCUCGCUCUGGCCGUCUCCCUGUUUGUCCCGAAGUCGAGUCGCCUACUGUGGUACUUGAAGCUGCAUCUUUCACGGAAUGCGGACACCAAGACCGAGACGGGCAAGUAUGCGGCCUACUGUGAGCGGGCCCUGGAGCGCACUCUAAAGAACGGCGGCCGCGAAACGAAGCCAUCGCGCAUGGAGGUACUCUCCAUUCUCCUGAAGAACCCAUAUCACCACUCCCUGCCCCAUGCGAUACCCGUGCACAUGAUGAACGCCACAUACCAGGUGGUCUCCUUUGACGGCUCGACGACCAUCGAGGAGUUCCAGGCGACGCUCGCCCACGAACUAGGAACCCGAGAUGCGAGCAAUGGCUUCUGUCUGUUCAGCGAUGAUCCCAUCGAGAAGGACCUGGAGCACUUUUUGGAACCGCUAGCCAAGCUGUGCGACGUGAUCAGCAAGUGGGAGACAGCGCUGCGGGAGAAGGGGUCUGGGAAGUUCGAGAACUCGCGCGUCAUCCAGCUGACCUACAAGAACCGGCUCUACUGGAAGCACACAAUAAAGUGCGAGACGGACAAGGAGCGGCUGCUGCAGUGCUACCAAACGAAUGCCCAGAUCGUCCAGGGUCGCUUUCCCCUGUCCCGCGAGCUGGCCCUGGAGCUGGCCUCGCUCAUGUCGCAAAUCGACAUGGGCGACUACUCGCUGGAAAAGUCGCGCGACGUGGGCGUCGGCCUCAAGGGUCUUGACAAGUUCUAUCCGUACCGAUACCGAGACGCCCUCGGGGCCGAGCAGCUGAAGGAGGUUCAAGAGCUGCUCAUCUCCAAGUGGAUGCUCCUUAAGGGCCGCUCCACACUCGACUGCGUCCGCAUCUACCUGACCUGCUGCCGCAAGUGGCCCUACUUCGGGGCCUGCCUUUUCCAGGCCAAGCCACGUCAGAGCGAGACCUCGCACGUAGCCUGGCUGGCCGUCGCCGAGGAUGCGCUGAACGUGUUAGAGCUGUCCACGAUGGCGCCGGUGGCGCGCUAUCCUUACAGUUCGGUGAUGACAUUCGGCGGAUGCCAGGACGACUUCAUGCUAGUCGUCUCCCACGACGAUGGCACACUGGCCGGCGGCUGCGAACAGAAGCUUCUCUUCGCGAUGAGCAAGCCCAAGAUCUUGGAGAUCACCCUGCUCAUAGCCGACUACAUGAACGCCCUUGGUCACACGGUUCCCGGCACGCCCCAGAUGAAUUCCCUGACCCGCAACGGAUCGCAUCGCUCGCUGCGCGCCUCCAAUCGUCCUGCUCCCGGUGCCGGAUCCACUGUGGCCGCUUCAGGACUCACCAGCAUUGGCAUUGGCACAGGCGGACCGGGCAGCGGCACUGGCUUCUCCACCAACGCCACCACCACGGCCCACAACACGCUCAACUCCCAUGCCACGCACACGCUCAACUCCACGCACUCGCACACACUGAGCAGCUCGCAUCACGCCACAACCGGAGGAGGCGGCGGUAGUCAUCCGGGAACACUCAGCUCGGGCCAUCAUCACCAUCAUCAUCAGCAGCAGCAUCACCACCACCAGCCGGAUAUACUGAAGAGCACGCCCGACCAUCAGAGGAUCAAGUAGAGGAAGGAUCCUCCCUUCACUUCAUUCUAUACCGUAUUGUACAUAGGCGCCGCAUACGCAUCCACAACAGGACACAUAUACGACUAAUAUACAUAUGCUACAGAUACACGCCCACAUAAAGGGAUACACACAUAUAUUUACGUAGAAUAAGAAGAGCGGGGGAUCCCUCGAUCCACAGGCACUACUCAACACUGUUCUUUCCUAAACAACUAGCAACGGUACACGUACUCUAACCUAAUCGUAUAAUUCGAUUAAUUAUAGUCUCUUUUUUUGUAUAGUCCUAAGAGCGUACCCCAAAAAAAUAUUUAAGAGGUAUCUGAAACAGAACAUAUUUUGAAUCUCUUUUCGUUAGUUUUUCUUUGUUUGUUUCGUGGUUGUAGUUCCCUCAGAUACAGAUACAGAUAAAGAUAGAGAUACAUAUAUACGUAUAUGUAAAGAUAGAGAUACUAGUAUGUGGUAUAUUCGAGUGUUCUUGCUCUUUGAUGUAAUGCUUUGUAAUACGAGUCUCAAUUGUCCCUCCAUGCGCUAUAACUGCCUUUUGAAUUUAUAGAUGAGAAGAAUAGAAGACAGGAGCAAGCCAAACAAAAACAAAAACAACAACAAAAAAAACAGCAUAUAGCAAACACUAGUGUUAGAGACCAAACCAAACCAAAACAAAAAGAUAAAUAUUUUGUAAAGAGUUUUUCGAGCCAGAAACAGAAGUAGAAGAACAUCUCCAUCAACUACACUCGUAUUAGUACUAUGGUUUUCGCUUCGGGCGAAAUGGCGCAUUCAGGCAGCAUUCAGCACUUUUUUAGAUCCCUCCCACCCCUAGCACCAUCAUGCUGCAUUUGUUUUUAAAACGUUUUAGCCCUUAUUCGGUGUCCCAGAGCUUCUCUAAAGCAAAGGCUUAGGGCUUUCCAUUGAUAUACAGAGCGUAAAUUACAUAGAAGCGAUAGAUGAGAUUGGGCACUCAUACAGAGACCUACUAGAGAAUAGAAUAGCAUCGCUGAUCCUUGGUUAUCUGUCGGCUUUCGUUAAACUCACUCACACACGCAUAUAUAAAAAAUAUACAAUAUAUAUAUAUAUAGGGAGAGUAUACAUGUACUCAGAAUCGAUAUUUAACAAAAUUAUACACAAGCAAAAACUAAUUAUACAGAAGAUAUAACAAAAGAAUUGUAUGCAAAUGGCAAAAGCGCAUUUUUUCCUAAUUGUAAAGAUUUGAUAUUACACAUUUAUACGAUGUAAAAGAAGCCCAACCCCAAGACCCGAACCGAAGAUACACCAUCACAUUGGGAAGAAGAAUCAAAGAAUCGAACAAGGAUAUAGUAUAUAUGUACGUAUAACUAUAUAGGCAAAUGUAUCACACACAUCACUCGAACGAAACGAAUUAUAUAUAUAUAUAAAGGGAAAUUAAUAAUUAAAACUAAACCAAA